UGGGACUGCAAUUAACUACGCGAAACAUUAUCCAAACAAAACAUCAACGCGGCCGUAUCGUAUAAUCUUCGAGUUCUAGCUCCCCGCAAAGCUAAUUCUUGCUUGAAUUUAGAGACGGACGAUGCAUGGUACAAGAUUAAAUGUGAUCAUUUUGCCUACGGUAUUUGAAGCGUGAAGUCAACGGUAACGGAAACUCUCUGAUGUUGACCAAACGUAAGCAUCACAGUCACCAUGUCGAGAUCGAACAACGACAGGACGUCGUCGAAGCACACGAAGAUGGACCGGUACACGGAGGACCUCAAGUAUUCAUUGCGAUCUCAACUCUCCGAGUCCGUCGGUAAGGGGACACUCCGUACCGACGACAUCCUCGCCCGCGGUCACCGACAAAUCGUUGCCGACUUCACCGACCCCAGGCAGUGGUACUACUCGGCCACUCACGACUACGUCAUCGCUCUCAUGCGAGAGAGUCAGAAACAAAAUGGUGGCUCGGUAUGGGGAAGUGGAAGUCGAAGGCGGGAUAGAGGUUCAACGACUUCAAGGCAUCAUCCGUCAUCAGCAACACAAUCAAAGGAUGUACGACCAGGGAGGAAAAAGGGGUUGUUCGUCGAAAUUCUUGCCACAACUUCUGACGAUCUUCAAGAAAUACGUGGGUCCACUGAAAAGACAUCGGACACUAAACUAAAAAAGGACUAUAUCUCUGGUGAGGGAAUAGGCUUGGAAGGCAGCGUGAGUUUAACUCAAACACAGAAUUCAAAAGAGACGACGGACAAUGGUGAAGACAAUGAAAUCGCACUUCUUGAUUAUGUUGCGCCAGGUAGCAUCUCACCUGAGGGGAAGUCAAACAUUGUAAGCAAACAGGACGCAACCGUUCCACUUCGUGUAAACAAUGAUCAAAACAUUAGCGUGUUAUCGCAAGAUUGCACCGGAUCCGACAUACCUUCCAAUACGUCUGUCGAGAAAUCAAGUACUGAAUACCAGGAUAAAUCUGUUGGAAUCCAUUCCAAAUUUGUAACAGAUAUAGACAGCAUGAGAGAGCCCUACGAAAAUGAAGCAAUAGUCGAUGAAUAUAACGUAGCCGCCAUGGAAACUUACAGGGCAUCGAAACAAAGUCAAAAGUCUCGUAUCCCCUCGAAGAAGCAGAAAGUUCCAGCGGCCUAUUGUGACACACACAGCUAUUAUCCAGGGAGACUGGAAUCUUUUGAACCUAUGGGGAAGCGAGGCAGAGCGGGGCCUGGUCUGAAAACCCCAGUAUCUCUACCUCAGAUUGGGAAGAAUAUUCAGAUCGAACAACCUGAAUUCCCAAGGAAAAAUCUGUAUAAGGUCAGACGUGGUAGAGUUGGGAGUCGCAAACUUAGGCUGCGUCCUCUGACGGGUCUAGAGAGAGUAUCCGACAAGACGGGAGACCUUCCAUACGUUGAGGAUUGGAUCAGGAAGCUUCAAAUCAAUGGGAAAGAUCUAGGUAGCGAUAAACACCUGGAACCCAUCGAACGUGUUGAUGAAACAUUUCCUUUCAAGUCACAACAGCGCCCGCAAUUGGCCAACGCUGUGCACCAACUGAUGGAGCUUCCGACUGAUUUUAUACCUGUGACAGGUUUUCAGCCAUUUCAGCCCCACCCGAGUCUCUAUUUGUACUCUUUGAAACAGAAGUCAGACCUCAAUGUUAAGUUGCAGUAUUUGGAUAUCCCCAAACCUGUCAAACAGCAAACCGAUCCAGGUAUUCAACAAAAACAUUCCUUCAAGGAUGACCUGACAAAGGUGAGAUCGAAGGUGAAUUACAUCGAGGACAGGCUAGGGGAACUCUAUAAGUCCGAGGCGAAUCUGGACAGAAUCGUUUCAAGGCAACAAAUCAAGCCAUUGAAGAAACAGAAUGGCAGGUUUAUUGGAAUCACAACAGGAAUCACCAAUCGCAAUCCGGACUUAAACUCGUCUGAAGAACGUCCCGUUGAUCACUCUGGUGCUUGUCUACCUAAGGUUCCUGCAACAAAGGAUCAUGCUAGCAUACCAAGAGUUGCCGAUGAAUACGAUAAAGGACAUCAUUCCAAGAUGAACACUAUCAGCUUGGCACUAUCUCCGAAUGAAACACAUUUUGCAACGAGGGAUGAUGGUCCAUCAAACCCGAGUCGGAAUCAUUGACUCAGGGAGAAGACUUUCAUGCAACAUCAACGUCGUCGUGGAAACAACCGUAUCCAGUAUCUCCUGGAAGACAAAAGAGUGGUAGGGCCGUUGAGGGGAAAAUUCUUCGCGUCUUUGACAAGCGUGGUGUGGGAAAUGACGAUCAAUAUGUAGACCACACAAACAAGGUUCUGAAGGAUGAUCCAGAAGAGGCCAUUGCAUCUGUUCAGGAAUGCAAUGCCUCAGGGUCAGCAAUCGAUCCCCCAAAACAGGAGCAUCAUGGUAUUGAAACAGGAGACGAAGAGCUAGAUGAGGAGAAGACCGGUUCCAGGUUAUCAGUACUUGUGCUUGAAGUCCUCAAUGAUAUGAUGGAU